UUGUCAAAUGUCAAUUUCUUUUUAAACUAUGUGGACAGAUUUCUGGCGUCUUAAAAAUUGAGUUGUAGUAUAUACUUAAUAUAAUUUAAAUAUCAAUGUCUUCAGCAACUUUUGGUCAAAAAUCAUUCCAACCUACGCCACCAGAAAAAGGCAGUUUUCCAUUGGAUCACGAAGGUCAAUGCAAAAAAACGGCUUAUAAGUACAUGUUUUGUCUGAGUGUCAAUAACGGAGAUAACUCCAAGUGUCGCAUUCAAGCUAAAGACUACUUGGACUGCCGCAUGCAUCAUGAUUUGAUGGCCAAAGAAGAGUGGUCUAAACUUGGAUUAUCAGAUGUCGAUAAUAAACCUGAAUAA